AUGGAUGGUCGUGAUGAGUUGGAUGGCCUGAGGGGUCUCUACCAGGACCUUUCUUCGCUUUCCAGGUCUGCUCUUCCGAACGUCGACAGACUCGUUUUUGAAUUGGAAAAUACCAUUCAAGACUUCAGAAAGCUCCUAGACAAGCCGCCAAAGAAAAGAAAAAUCAAGCUUAACGAUGUCGAAUACGCUGUUAACCAACAAUUCCAGCAGGACGUUUUGCAGGUAGCAGAUGCCUUAGAUGUGGAUGAAAUAGAGGCAGCCAGUUGCUAUAUGCAAGCUCAAGAUGAUUCAAAAAAAUUAGACCGCCCACCAGUUAUGUGCACAAUAAUACGCUUUCAUGAACGCCGAUCGUUUCUUCUCGAAUGUCUACGUUUAGUCCUGUUCGAGUCUUUCGAGGUAGAGAGGGAAGGUACCCAAGCGAUCAUGCAAGAAUUUGUUGCAAAAAUCCUCGAAAUCCAAAACGGCCCAUUGCGAAAUGCGUCACUCUUCGCUAGAAAAUGUAUGGAUUCUAUGGCCGAUAUCGAAAAGUGGCUGGUUCGUUUGGGCGAUCUAGCCCAGAAGGCGUCAAUUGUUGGACAAACUCAGGAAUCAGAUAUUGAAAUCAUAGAAUAUCAGCGCAGCAGCCUUGGAAAGGAACAUGAAUCGAUUGGCGCAAUCCUCUGCUAUCUUUUCAAAGGAACUUUCACGAGCUCUGAAGAUUUCCGCCUUCUUCUGGACCGACUCAGGAAAUUAGAUAAAUUCGACAUGAGCUUGGUUCAUUAUAUCCCAGCAAUAAUCUCGUCAGUAUCUCAGUAUGGCUCCCCUGAAGGUUCCGGAUCCCUUCGUGAUGCAAGAUCCCUCCACCAGGCUAUUGUACCUUCCAAAGAUCCCCAGGACUGGGUUCUGGCACAAUUUCAUGCUGCUACCACGGCAUUCUGGCUUGCUGAAUAUACUGGUUGGUAUUUUGAAUCAGGGUCUGGCUCCCCCCUCCAGGGCAUUAGCCCCGAAAAAGAGGCUGCAGAUCUCUCCAAGUUAUUUAUCACGGCACUGGACGAUGGGGCCCUUGAGUUCAUGCUGCAGGUCUGUAGUGGGGUCAGUCAGAACGAGUGGCGCGACCCAGGAAGAAUUGAGAUGGUUAACCUACUCCUCAAGGAUAGUACACCCUUGACAGUGGAGCCAGACUCUUCUUCUCCAUAUUUUUAUGCAUUGCUCAUGGAGCAUUUCGAGAUGUUUAUAGAAUCGCUUAUUGCCAAUAUGCCAGAUGCCAUCAGAACACUGAAGUCAGAGGAAGACAUUCAGCGUUUGGACCAAAUAACGGCUCUGCGGGAAGGUCUAACCUCAAACUUACAUCGUGGUCCCAUUGAAACACGUAUGCAUUUCGAAACAUUGCUUAUGAUAAUAGCAUUUGCAUUUGAACAUAGGGCCGAGGCUUCUCAGGCAUUCUGGACAGAUCCGGAGGGAAAUUUAAAUGGAUUUCUCCAAUGGGCGUCGAAGCGUCAGACGGUUCCUCGGGCCAGCGCCUUCUGCGAGAUGCUUUGCUCCAUCUCAGAAGGAGAGGAAAAUUCUUUAUCCGCGCACAAAUUCCUCUUAGAUGAAGAUAAAAUAUCCUCCACGAAAUUUAGGAGAUCUGCUUCGAUGAGCUGGAUUCAGAUGAUUGAUGAACUCCAACUCUAUGCUACUAAGGCUACGGAACGGCCUUCAGCGGCACCUCCAUCAGUUUUCCGUAUUCGAAAACUAGAGCCGGCUGAUAUAGAUGAACCUGAAAGCCCGGUGAUGCUCACUUCAUAUCUGAGACUCAUUAGUCACUUGUGUAAACAGAACUCGGAAAUCCGGGAAUGGAUUCUUCAACACCCAACACUGAACCUUGUCAACAUUCUUCUAACCCUAUGCGACGCCCCCAUUCCAGGUCAUCUGAGAUCCAGCAUAUUUGUCACUUUACGGUUUCUAAUGGUCGACAGGACCUCGCUCCAUGGAAACGAUAUGUGGAUUGCGCUUGAUCAAUGGAUUUCCGGUUCGGGGUCCCAAACUUCACCUAUCGCUAAAAUCUCUCUUCCAACCAAUUCCCCCGGAUGGAAUGAACGGCAUGCCUUUCAGAAAAUAACAGAAACCUUCGAUCAAACAUUUUCAUUUGUUGAACUACUAGAUACGCUAGCAUCUCCGCCAAUAGAUUUGGCAAAUUCACAGCUCUCCCUUCCAUUUCCUGAGCCAUUAGGGUCUUCAUAUCGAAUGCCAGGUAUAGAGCCUUAUAUUGACUUCGUCAUUGGUCAAGCACUUGUUACUAGAUCUGUCGACAUCCAGGAGCACCAGAUUCGCCAUCUCCAAUUAGCUUGUUUCAACUUUAUUGUGACAUGUCUUGAGAAUUUCAACGAAAACCUCAUAUCCAUCGUUAGCGAACAUUUCGUUCCGCUCGAUUCUGGUAUGCGGUCCUCAUCCCUGAACACGUACAUUCGAUUGCAUCCAUUUGCGAGAGUGAUGGAGUGGCUAUUUAACGAGGAUGUCCUUAAGGCUAUAUUUGCCGCUGCCCAUCAAAAUAUUGACGAAGUGGCAAGGGCCACGUCGGAUUCAAUUAUCCUUCGAUCUCUGCUCCGGAGUAUUGACGUUAUGAAUCUCAUUAUGGACUACCAAUCGACCUAUUUUGACGUCGUACGCCCAUUAACUAAAUCUCAAUCUAGGCAAUCCACAAUUAACGUGGCUAACUCCUCCCUUACAUCGUUCGAAGACAGUGUCGUUAACAAUCUUCAUAUAGUCACGGAUUUGUGCCUCUAUUGCGGUACUGGCCACCCGCAGCUAACUCUCACUUCGCUCGCACUUUUGGAAAAAUUAUCAAGCUCGCGCAAGUUAAACAAGGCUACUUCAUCCACGUUAUCUCGUUGGCAGGCGUCAAAUCAGAUAGUAGAGUUAUUGAACACCGAUGUCGAGGCGGAUCGCAUUGCUCGUUCUCUUGCGUCACAAAUGAAGCCUGAUAUACGUGAGCUAGAGAGCGGACCCGAAUCUUCCGGUUACCUUAUCAAGUUAGGACUUGUAAACUUACUCGACCGGUGUCUUAGUAUCAACCCUGAAAAGCCAAAUAUGGCACACUUACUUCUAGGGUUUUCUUGCCUUGGAAAAACGCUUGAUGUCGCAGUAGGAAGUUUGUUCCAGGACCAAAUGUCGCUUUUGCAUGCAAUCAUCGAAUUUGCCCAGAGCUACCCUGAUGGGGUAGAUGGAACCAUAUUGGCCUGGAUGGUGCAUCUGAAAGAAGCGAGUUUCCGGGUGCUUCGAUAUCUCUGGUCUUCGAAACUGUCGUCAACUCUCGUUCUUCCAGAACUUCGUUACAGUCGUCUCCUUGUUUCUCUCUUCACAACUCAACCUCCAGUAGGCCCAGAGACACUUUGGAAUCAUUUCCAAACUUCUGAUCCAGAAUUUUGGUAUUCGGAGUCACCAGCUGCCUUAUCAGGAUUCCUUAACUAUCGAAGCAUGCUCUUUGACUAUGCCGUCACCGAAAUUCGCUCUGUUUCGAGCCACGGUGCCCCUUCUUUGCAAAGGGAUACCCUUUCCACCUUGCUGGGAAGCUCCGUCGAUGAAAAUAACCGAACUUUUAACCACGCCUCCUUCCUCGACCUCUUUGACUUCGCAGAUUUGGACAUAGAAUCCAUAAAACCGCCACCCAAUUUGAAAUUCUAUAAUGAUGUUAACCUGGAGCCAUAUACCAAGACCCAGGGCGAUGGUUCUUUGGUCCUUUAUGAUCUUGCUACAGUGAAAGAGUUUCUUGACUUCACUAGACAAGAUUUACUACAGGCCGGAGUGGCGACCGCUCAAGAUGAAGAGCAGCUCUUGGCUGAGCGAGACAACGUAUUACUAUUUCUCCAUGCUAAUAACCAAAGUAGAAGAAUUCGACUCAAUCGGUACUCGGCUGUCCAAUCCUGGGCCGAACUUGCAACCACGAUCAUUGUUACAUGCGAGAUGGACUCAGGACAAAGGUCGAUGUUGAUUUUGCAUAUCUUGCAGGUUAUUCUCCCCAAACUCGAAAGUUCCAUCGUAGAUACUGCUGCAGAGGCCAUUGAGUUAGGCCGUUUGGCAGAAUCAUUGCUGGAGAAGCUUGGUUCUAGUCCUUCCACCCAAAUCCCCAACAAGGGAGCUGACAUCAUCGAUGAACGACUCUACCAUCUCUUCCAAGCAUGUCUUCGUGGGAUCCCGCUGGCCCUCGAAAAUAGUCCCUUGAGAGAAUGUCUUUACAACAUUUGUUCACAAUAUCUUUCGCGCAUUACGCGGGAUGGAUCUAAACACAAGCGCUUUGGAAACCACUCGGAACAAGUUGUCAAGUCUUCGGGUUCAUCACUUGUGGAAGUUUCGUCAUCGUUGCUCAUAGAUAUGAUUGCCCAAUCGAACUAUCUGGCCAUGUUCGUGGAUGUUGUCGGGGCGAUACCCUCAGAGUUCCGCAAUGCACCGGCCAGUGACAUCGACAACCCAGACGCUCUUCGGAAAUACUAUGACCUGCUCCUUGCUGUAAUGCGUGUAAUUGUAUCUGCAGUUUUUGCGCGUGGCUUGCACAACAAGCAAUUACUUGACCAGACGCGUAUUUUUCUUUCAGGAAAUCGACAAAGCAUGGUUGGAAUAUUUAAGCGAUAUGCAAAGGUUGGUGGGCUGGAUGGAGGGGAGGUGAGUGAGACUCUGGAGGAUCUAGUUAAAUCGUAUGUCGCUCUGAUUGAUGCGGUUGGAUUUCUUCAAUUCGAGGAAGAGCAGUCGACUGAAAGCCCUCCAGUUAUCUCCGUCUGGCGAUUCAGGCCAACAACGUCAAAACGGCAUCAUCCUUUAAGCCUCCCAAACACCUCGAACUGCAUUUCCAACCGCGGAGUAGAGAUGCAGAAUUCAAUUAGACCUGCACCGAGGGGCGGGAACAAGUCUGUUGGCAAGCGAAAACACCCGGAACAAGAGCCUGAAAUCCGCGAGGAUCAAUCCCGGAAACAGACGACUAUUACGGACCUUUUCGAAAACGGCGGGAAUAACAUAUCAAAAAACGGUAGAGGGGAGCUUCUGCCACCUAGCACAAAGCGAGUGAGGCGAGAUAUAUCCCAACCCACAAGCUCUCUCUCAACCUCCGACUCCACCCACCAACCCAUUUCAGUUGAGAAAAUGUACACAUUCCCACAGAACAAUACUGAUUCGAAAUCACCGACUGGUGGAGCUGGAUUGAAUUCGUCACCGAAAUCAAAUGGUGCCACUCGCCAGGCCGGAUCGCGCGCGUUCAAUUACAUGACAAGACCCAGCAACUUCACGCCACAUACAGGAGCUAAGAAGCUCGUUGUCAAAAAUCUACGAGCCAUACCACGUUUGGAUCAGGAUCGAUAUUUAGAAAAGGUCUGGUCGCAGCUGGACUCCGCUCUGACAGCAGUCCUGGCAGAUCAGAAGCCAGAACAGUCGCUUGAGGAGCUAUACAGAGGUGCUGAAAAUGUAUGUCGACAAGGGAAUGCUGCGAUACUGGCCAAACGACUUCAAAAUCGCUGCGAGGAACACGUAUCUGGGACUGUCUUAAAAGUGCUAUUAGCGAGAGCUGGGGAGUGCAAUGAUGUUGAUAUCUUGAGGUCAGUUGAGGAAGCUUGGUCCGCCUGGAAUAGUCGUUUGGUUAUAAUUCGUUCCAUUUUCUAUUACUUAGACCAAUCAUUCCUGUUACAUUCGGCGGACAAUCCAGUCAUUUACGAGAUGGGCUUAAUCCAAUUCCGCACGGCGAUCUUCUCCAACGAUAUAUUACGACCUCGAAUCUUGCAAGGAGCCUGCCAACUCAUUGAACUUGACAGGACGGAAGACAAUACGGUGGUCGACCCAAAUUUACUCAAACGUGCCAUCAAACUAUUUCAUGACCUGGGUGUCUACAAGAAGCAUGUUGAACCAUGCAUGCUUGACGCAUCGGAAAAAUACAUCAGUAGUUGGGCUGAUCGCUAUCUAGUUUCUGAACACACCAAUAUCCUAAUUAAAGAAGACGAUAUCGUCGAACUCCUUAGCAAGAACGAUAAAUUUGCUCUGGAACAAUUAUACUCUUUGCUACAACGACAGGACCUAGGGGCCAAAGUGAAACCGGCAUUCUCCGCGUAUAUUAUCAAAGAAGGCUCUGCUAUCGUAUUCGAUCAGGAGAAUGAAGACAAGAUGGUUACCAGACUUUUGAAGUUCAAGGAGAAUUUGGAUGAAAUAUGGAAGAGCGCAUUUCACAAAAAUGAAACACUAGGUCAUAGUCUUCGGGAGGCUUUCGAAAAAUUUAUCAAUGAAACGAAACAAACAGGGUCGAAUUGGGGUACCGAUAAUCCAAAGCCCGGUGAGAUGAUUGCGAAAUACGUUGAUAUGCUACUUAGAGGAGGCGUCAAGGCCAUUCAGGGUCUAGCUGAAGAAUCAAAAAGCGGGAGCACGGCAUUAGUUGAUGAGGAUGCGGAAAUCAACCAGAAAUUGGACCAGGUUUUGGAUCUUUUCCGUUUUGUCCAUGGAAAAGCUGUUUUCGAAGCCUUCUACAAAAACGAUCUCGCCCGUCGCCUACUUAUGGGUAGAAGCGCUAGUGAUGAGGCCGAAAAGAGCAUGCUUGCAAGGCUCAGGUCAGAAUGUGGAUCGAAUUUCACUCAUAACCUCGAGUCCAUGUUUAAGGACAUGGAUCUUGCGCGUGAUGAAAUGGCAUCGUAUAAUGCGCUUCUCGGCCCAAACCGAGAUAGAUCCAAUAUAGAUCUGAACGUAAACGUCAUAUCAGCAGCUGCAUGGCCAUCAUACCCAGAUGUCCAAUUGAAAAUACCAAAGGUUAUAUCCAGCGCGAUGGACAGCUUCGAACAGUUCUACAAUAACAAGUACAAUGGUAGAAAACUUCAUUGGAAACACUCUCUUGCGCACUGCCAACUCAAGGCAAAGUUUCCAAAGGGGAACAAGGAAAUCGUUGUCAGCUCCUUCCAAGCCGUUGUCCUUCUCCUUUUCAACGAUGUGGAGGAUGAUACCACUUUGUCAUAUCCAGAAAUCAAGGAGGCUACGGGCUUGUCUGAUAUCGAAUUGAAACGAACCCUCCAAUCGCUAGCCUGCGCCAAAUACCGUGUCUUGACCAAGCGUCCAAAGGGCAGAGACGUCAAUGACGACGACACAUUUGCCUUCAACCCAAACUUCUCAGACCCCAAGAUGCGCAUCAAGAUCAACCAAAUCCAGCUCAAGGAGACUAAACAAGAGAACAAGACUACGCACGAACGUGUAGCGGCGGACCGACACUACGAGACGCAGGCAGCCAUCGUUCGAAUUAUGAAGGCGCGUAAGGUCAUCACUCAUGCGGAGCUAUUGGUGGAAGUGAUUAAUAAAACGAAGAGCAGAGGUGUACUAGAGCCUGCGGGGAUCAAGACUAAUAUUGAAAAGUGA